AUGGAUUGUAAAAAAUAUAACAUCUUCAUUUUCAUGUUAAGUUAUUUAAUCUUUAGAGUUGUAUCAUUUACUCCUGAAGGACGUUUAGCUCAUUCUUCUGUACUUGUUGGAAAUAAGCUGUAUUUUUUGGGGGGACGUGUCUCUAAAUCUUGCACAAAUCAAGUUUUUUACCUUGAUUUAUCUCAAUCAUUUGAUCUAACUACUCCACCAUGGAUUUCCCUUACGCAAAAUGCUGGAAUACCAUUCAAAAGUUGCUGGGGGACCGCUUUAUUGAAUGAUAAAGAGCAAACUAUUUAUUUAUUUGGUGGAUUAAUGCGUAAUGAUUUAAAUCAAGACGCUUUUGUUUCAAACGUUUAUUCAUUUAAUUUAAAUUCCUUAUUGUGGAAUGUACCUACAGUUGAAGGGACUCCACCUAAAAGACGAAGAAAUAUGAAAGGUGUCAUUGAUAAUACCGGAAAAAUAUAUAUUUUUGGUGGAGGUACAAAUAAUGCUAUAGGUUCUGAAGCGGAAAUAUAUUUCAAUGACAUGGUCAUCCUAAAUACUGUCGAAUUAUCAUGGGUAAUAAAUACAGAUAAUCAACCUAAUUCAUCACAUACUUAUACUGCAACACUUUUAUCGAAUGGAGUUAUUGUAUAUAUCGGUGGUAAGAUAUCAAAGAAAGAAAAACAGGAAGAAAAACUGAGGUUUGCAAAAGGAAAAUAUCGAUGUGUUGGUGCAGAAAGAAAAGAACAAUAUUCCGAAGCUGAAGUUAGUUUAAAAAUAUGGCUUAUAGAAUUUCAAAAAGAUGGCAUUGCGAUAACUCCUAAAAUGGUUAAAACUCAUAUGAAAGAAAUUUUAAUAAACCAGAGUAGAUAUUCUUUACAGCGUAAAACAAAAAUUAGACAAAAACUUCCUAUUCAUCUUGAUGAUAAACUUUUGGAAUUUCAAUGA